AUGCUAGUGCGGCUGGUGCCGGUGCUUGUGUGCGCGGCAGUGUUCCUGUCGCUCGUACCAAGCCAAACAUGUGCAUACGCUUUUCUCCAAUUAUUGAAUCCGAAGAAGCCAUCGCCGCCCAUCGUGGCUCACCUGUCGCAAUACUUGGGUGUGCCGAUCACUGACUCGGACACACCAAUGCGGUUUUUGCACCCACGCAUGCAGCGGUUUAUUCGUGAUUCGCAAAAUGUCAAUGACAAGGCUUCCGCCGCAUUUGUGACGCUCACGGAUACUGGCGUGCUUGGCGCUCUAAACCCACGAGAUGGCGGCAUGGCGUGGCGUCGACUAGUGGACCAGGACGACCAUAUCCGGGGUCUCUUUUCGAUUGAUGACGACCUGUUGGUCGUGAGUUCGAAGAACCACCUGACAGCUCGCAUGCUGCAUGGUGAACGCGGUUCUAUUGACUGGCAGUACCAGACGAACGACACUAUUGAUGGUUAUCCUGUGUACGCGGCGUCCUGGACUACGGGUGAGUUCGAUGCGCUUAUUGUGGCAGGCAAUAAGCUGCAUUACGUGCACGGAGGUAAUUCGACGUGGGUGUGGCAGUCGAGCAACGAGAACUAUCGCUUGCUUUUCGCUACACCUUACGACAACCUCGUCCGGAUCGUGGGAGUCGUCCCUUCAGAGGACGGCCAUUGGUCAGUUGAUCUUACGUCAUUGACGAUCGAGGGCCAAGUCGAAAGUGCCUAUGUGAUGGGCUACACCAUUGAGAACCCAGACUCGAUCGUGUUACUGCCGUACCGGCCGCGCUCACACAUCGAUGAGAAAUAUCAUGCGACCGAACAGGGCGGGCCGCAUAUUGCAUGGCUUGCCAGCGAUGGCGUCAUCCGCGCUCAUCGCAUAAUUGACGGCGACGUAAUCAUCAAGGAGGUCCGAUCGAACACUUCGCCCUAUACGGAUAUCCAGGACGUUGGUCUCGGUAAUCGCGGCUUGUUCCUCGCACGUCGCGCAGAUGGCACGGCUGAAGUCAUUGAAGUUUCGGCAGCCGGCGACAUGCAGUCCCUGUGGACGUUUGCAGAAAUCGCGCCUGACGCCGUGUACGACGGUGCUCUAGACCGUGAAGGCAAUGCGUAUGUGAUGCGGAUGUACUAUGAGCCAUCGCAGCACAUGAUACAGCAGCACUUGUUCCGUGCGGAUGAGCUGACAGGUGACGUGCGUGGUGUCAUGACGGGAUUGGCUUUCCGCUACGACUAUGAGCGCCAUGGUCCGCUACGUUCGGCCGCGGCCGAAGUUGGGAAAGUUUCCGAGAACACUGUCAGUCUGCGCACCGUCAUUGUCACAGCAUCAGGCAGUAUCCAACUGAUCCGCGAUGCAAAGAAUGAAUGGAGCGUAGAACAGGGACUUUCCAAGCCGGCCAAGACGCUGCUUGUCCAGCUGCCAGAGGCACUCCUUGGUCGCUCUGCUGUCUCGAGCCGAGCAUUGCCGUCGUGGCCACUGCCAUUCGAGGCGCUUGAGACAGAGUCGCUCAUGGGUCGCUGGGUCCGCCAUAUCUCGGAGCUGCGCCACUUCCCUGACGCUUUGCAGGCAUUUGCACGAGGCCCGCUGUACCGCGGUCUACAGGCUUUAGGCGUGUACCUUGAGUGGAUCUUGGGUCACAAUCCCACUGAGUAUGUGCAAAAGCCCACCGCUGGUGGUCCUGUCCUGCCUAGACGGCCAAGACCAAUGGACCCGCCGGCGCAAAAUUCCGACACGACUCUGCAUCAUGACCGCUUUGGCUUCGACCAUCUCGUCCUCGCCGCCUCACGCUACGGCAAGCUGUAUGGUAUCAACGCAACGCUCGAUGGCUCCAAUAUUGUGUGGGAGCAUGCGGUUGUGCCAUACCAGCAGCCACAGGCUGUCGUGAACGUGACGCAUCUCAUCCAGACGCGCGCAACUAACACCCUUGCCCACGGUGUGCCCGUUGCGCCUAUUGUGGCUGUUGUUGCUGAAGUGACAAUGCCCCAAUCUGUAGAGGAUGAAUCGGACCAGAGCGCCGAGAUUUCCAUGGGCGAGCUCCAGACGCUUGUGUUCAAACUCAAUCCACUCACAGGGGAACGAGUCGGGCCAUCGAAUGAACCCUACGUCUUGUGCCAUGGACCGGCGCAGGACGUAUAUGUGUUUGAGGAGGCCGUUGGUGCUGUAUGCGCCGAUGGCAGUGUCGUGUCGCCCAAGAGUCAUGUGGGUAUGCAUCUCGUGCGUUCUGACGCACCACAUGCCCUUAAGGGUAUAUUCCUCGAAUCACUCGAAGUGCCGACGUGGCGCAUGGCAUUCGCACCGUCAGAGAAGCUCGUGCUGAUGCGUGAUGCAAGUCGCGACCACGUUGCCAGUCCCGGCAAGGUACGCGGUGACCGCUCCGUGCUUUACAAGUAUCUAAACACACAUGCUCGGCUGGUCCUCACAUUCGACACGGAGGCCAAGUCGGCGCAUGUAUACGUUGUGGAUGUCGUGAGUGGCGAUCUUGUUUAUCAUCUGGUGGUGCCGAAUGUCGCGAGCGAUGUGAUGCACGCGACUUUCGUGGAGAACUGGAUCUCGGUGCAAUACACAGGCACAAACGAUGAUGCGCCCAACAUGCUCCUGUCUGUCGAGCUGUUCGAACGUGAGACAAGUGGACAAUCGGGCCUGUACUCAUCGAGUCUGGUGCGCGCCGGCUCGAACGAGACACUGGCUGCCAACGCGCCGCCCGUUGCGUAUGCACAAAUUUUCGCAUUGCCGUUCGGCGUGCGUGCUAUGGAAACGACCCGAACUAAUUUAGGCGUUGCGUCUCGGAGCAUGGUGAUUGCAACGAACCAAAGUGACAUUGUGCUGGUGCCGCGCCGCUUGGUAGACCCACGUCGCCCGCUCGGUAAGCCUACGCCAGCUGAGAUGGAGGAGCGCCUCAUCCCAUACAGAGGCAUGCUGCUUAACGACUCUCUGCCACUCCUCACGACGAUGAAGGACCGCGCUGCCCAUAUCAAUAUGCUGCGCACAUCGCCGACGCUCCUGGAAAGCUCGUCCAUUGUCCUCGGCACUGGCAUCGAUUGGAUCUACACAAUUGCAGCGCCGUCAGGUCAGUUUGACCGCUUGCAGGCCUCGUUCAACAAGCCUCAGCUGCUUCUGACGAUCAUUGGCCUUGUCAUCGGUAUCAUGAUCACCCAGCCUCUCGUGCGGAUGCGCAUGCUUAAUGCCCGUUGGUAA